AUGGAAGACUUACCUGUACAUGUCAUGAUCGAUAUUCUCUCAAGACUUCCUGUAAAGACGAUCAUCCACUGCAAGUUUGUAUGCAAGAAAUGGUUGGAUCUCAUUUCCGACUCUUACUUUGCCAAUCUUCACCUCUCGAGAUCACCUGCAAGCCUCAUGCUUCACCAUAAUCCUGAUAAUGGAAUGAGGGCACCACGUAAAGUGGGCAUUUUGAAGUGGGUGGAGGUGAAAGACGAACUUGAUCACCACCAUUUACACCAUGACCCUGUCAUGACAUUUGACCUUGAUCUCGCACCCAUUUUCCAACACUCUCAAAUACUCCCGGUGGGCUCAGUCAAUGGUUUGAUCUGCCUAUGGCAGUAUGGUCCUAAAAGUGAUAACACUUACAUAUGCAAUCCAAUCACUAGAGAGUAUAUGAUCCUCCCUAGGCAGCAAUACUAUAGAGAAGGUUAUGCGAUGAUUAUUUAUUGUUUUGGUGUUGGGUCACUAACACAGGAAUACAAAGUGAUACGGAUCUUCCAAGGGGAUAUACCUCCCGACCCCACCUCAUCAUCUCGGCCGAGUAUAGUAGAAGCCGAGGUUUACACCCUUGGCACAUGUCAAUGGCGAAGUCUCGGUCAUGUCCCUUACUUGCUUAAUGGAUGGUCUGGGCCAUUUCUAAAUGGUAACGCUCAUUGGAUUGUUCUUGACAGGGAUUCCCCCGAAGAGCUUUGCACGUUUGAUUUUGACAAGGAGACGUUUGAGUUGUUUCCAUCUCCUCCAGUUGAAAUUAUAGAAGAGAGUCAGAUGCAUUUCCAAAGUUUGGCAGUCCUUAAAGGUUGUUUAUGUCAAUCUGAUACGUUUGAAUCUCAAUUCACGAUUUGGGUGAUGAAGGAAUAUGGGAUCAAGGAAUCUUGGCAUAGAGAGGUGAUUAUCAAGGAAAGUAUCAGCCCUGAUCUGGAUUGGGUGAUGUGGGAGCCUGUGUAUCUGACUGAAGGUUUAAAAGAUGGAACAAUUUUGAUGAUCUAUUAUGAAGACAAGUUGUUGGCAUAUUCUCCUAAAACGAGAACAAUUGAAGACACAAAAAUUUUCAACCGUUACUUCACUGGAAUGGGUUAUCGCCCUAGUUUUCUUAAGCUCCAGAAGUUCGAAUCAGAGAGCGUUUAUGUGUUGUAA